AUGUCGGAAGAUGUGAAAAGACAAUUGGUAAAUGAUUACCCAGAGAUUGAUAUUGAAACUAUUGUGGACGUUGUUCAUAACAAAUGCUUAGUGCUGCUAGAACAGGUCGUCUUUUCGAUGGGUAACCAUUCACUUCAUCAGUUUGGACUUCCUUCCCCAUCUCACGAUGCGAGUGAAUUAAUUGUUAAUCGUGAUUAUCUGAGAGAACUGUCUUAUGACGUAGAACAGCUUUCUAAAUUAGUUUAUCACAACAUAACAAAGCUUAAUCCUGAACAAAGUCAAGUUUAUUACGAAGUUAUAAGAAGUGUUGAUUCAGAUUCUGGACGUGUUUUUUUCUUGGAUGCUCCUGGUGGAACAGGAAAAACGUUUUUAAUGAAUCUGUUGCUAGCUAGCGUAAGAAUGCACAAAAAAAUAGCAAUUUCUGUCGUUUCAUCUGGAAUAGCAGCUACUUUGUUGGAUGGUGGAAAGACCGCUCACUCUGCUUUUAAACUUCCUAUCAACUUAAAUUUUUCUGAAACUCCUUUAUGCAACAUUUCAAAGCAAAGUGAUGCAGCACAUGUACUUAAGGAAUGCAAGUUAAUUGUUUGGGAUGAAGCUACAAUGGCUCACAAGGGAGGAGUAGAAGCAUUGGAUAGAACUCUCCAGGACAUCAGGAGUAGUAAUCACCUAAUGGGUGGGAUGACCGUCUUAGUGGCUGGGGACUUCAGGCAAACACUACCUGUUGUUCCUCGAGGAACUCGUGCUGAUGAGGUAAGGGCCUGCCUUAAAUCAUCCUACCUAUGGCCUAAGAUCCAAGUCAAAUCCUUACGAGUCAACAUGAGAGUGUACCUUAGAGGCGAUCCUGAGGCAGAGGAUUUUUCCAACUUACUCCUUCAAAUAGGAAAUGGAGAUUUACAAGAAGAUGAUGAUAGGAAAGUGAACAUUCCAAACAAUUUGUGUUCAGUCGUCAAGGAUCUAAAAAGUUUGAGUGAGCAAAUAUAUCCGAAUUUAAAUAUUUUACAUUCAGAAAACCUGACUUGGCUGAACGAAAGAGCCAUUCUUACACCAAAGAAUGACACUGCAGCAAGCAUCAACGACUCGUUAUUGGACCAGAUUCCUACUGAAAUGGCGUAA